CCGGGAACUCACCUCUACCUCAGUAGGCUCUGUCGCGUCCCUGGAUGCCAAUCCGCACGCUUCGUGGCGCCCACUACUCCCGCUCUCCUUUAGCUAUUUACCAACUCUACAGCACGACAGCAAUACUGGAAUGCGCACGCCCAGUCGAGAUCGACCUCAGAUAUCCAUGCGCGGCCGUUUGCCAGCUGUGUGCGGACGCUCCCCUCGGUAGUAUUGCUCUCCUCUCGGCGAUCCAGGCAACCUGCCCAUACGCAUCUCUCGCCGGACCCUCGCGCGUUUGUAAUCUAGCAGCGUGCCGUUGAUUGCGCCAUAAACUCCUCGUCUCAUCUCCUCUACUUAAGCACAAGCUUUCACCCAUCGCACCGUGCUCGGGAGAGGAUGACUGAAGUCACCAACCAGACGCCACCUGCCCUUCAUGGCCCUUCGGCCAAAGAGAGGAAAUAUGACCGGCAGCUGAGGCUCUGGGCCGCGUCUGGCCAGGCCGCUCUCGAAUCGUCCAACGUUCUUCUCAUCAACUCUGGGGGAGGCACUGUGGGCAUCGAGGCAUUGAAAAAUCUUGUGCUCCCUGGCAUUGGCAGAUUUACUAUAAUCGACGCCGCCACCGUUGACGACGCUGAUCUUGGUGUCAACUUCUUCCUCGACGAAUCCUGCCUCGGAAAGUCUCGUGCUGAAUGCUGUGCCCAUCUUCUUCAGGAACUAAACCCGGAAGUCGUUGGCGAUUGGCAUCCAAAGACCCGGAGACCCUUGGAUCCAAAUGAGGCCCUAGAUGGCGUCGACGUCUUCACCAUCAUCCUGUACGUUCUGCCGCUUCCUGCAGAACAGAUUGACGUGAUCAGAGCAUACGCUCGAAAGCACGCCACGCCUUUAGUCGCAAUUCAUUCAGCAGGCUUCUACUCCUACUUCAGAAUUGAUUUGCCGUACACCUUUCCAGUUGUCGAUACGCAUCCCGAAGAGACAGCAACCACGGACCUAAGGCUUUUGAGCCCGUGGCCGGAGUUGUCAGCAUUUGCCAGCGAGAUGACCAGGGGAAUCGACGCUCUCGGCGACCACACCCAUGGCCAUCUCCCCUUGAUUGUCAUUCUCUUACAUCAUCUUGAGCUGUGGAAGGAGACCCACGAUGGGUCUUUUCCAACAACCUACGCAAACAAAGUUGCUUUUCGAAACCAGAUAUUUGAUGCUAUGCGAAAGAAUAAUCCCGAAGGGGGCGAGGAGAAUUUCGAGGAGGCCAUCUCCGCUGUCAUGAAGCACAUCACCCCUUCCUCUCUACCCAGCACCCUGCAGCAAAUCUUUGAGUUUCGCCAUGAUGCAGAGCAUGGACCAGAGACGAGCUUUUGGAUACUCGCACAGGCAGUGCAGGAGUUUUACCGCAGACACCAGCAGCUACCAGUGCCUGGUAAUUUACCAGAUAUGAAGGCCGAGUCUAAGAUCUACAUUACACUCCAAAACCUGUACAAGGAUAAAGCUCGCCAAGAUGUCGCCGAGGUUCUGGACAUUGCUCGAUCCAUCAAUGGCGGGCUCGCACUUGAUCCCGCCGAAGCCGCGCUGUUCUGCGCCAACGCAAAAUUCAUCAAGCUCAUUAAUACCGGGGAAGGAGACGGGUUGGCCAUGCCGCAGAUCGUGGGUGCACAGUUGGCCAAUGAUGAGAUAGCGGCCAUUGCUGGCCCCGAAGUUCCCACAUCACUCAUCCAGAUAUACCUCGCUCUGGCGGCCACGUCCCACACUGCUUCGUUGUCUGCAGAUGAGAUUCUGGCCUACAUGAAGGAGCAAGCGCCCGCUCUCGACAACAACGAAAAAGCCGCGCAAGUCGCCAAGGAGGUAUCAAGAGCGGCAGGCGCUGAGCUACACAACGUCUCCGCAGUGACGGGAGGCAUGGUCGCUCAGGAGGUGAUCAAGAUUAUCACCCAACAGUACAUACCUAUUGAUAACACGUGCAUCUUUGAUGGUAUAGAAAGCCGCUGCCAGGUGCUGCGGAUGUAAGUAGAAAGGCGAAGCUGGCAGGGUGUCCGGAUGCGUGGCUCGGCAAGGGAGCAUGUCAUGCACAAAUGCGAAACUCCAACAGAGUCCUUGCUUAGAAGAAGGCGAAUAGGCCUUGGUCAAGGCUCGCUCAGUUGGGCUUGUUAUGAUUGUA